AUGACAACAACAGCCAUGGCAUCAUUCUCGUCAACAUCACCCUCAUUAACAUCACCAUCAACACUGACAACAACAACAAUAACUACGACAUCAUUCUCGUUCACAUUACCCUCGUUCACAUUACCCUCGUUAGCAUCACCAUCGACAACAAUGACAACAACAGCCACGACAUCAUUCUCGUCAACAUCACCCUCGUUAACAUCAUCAUCAUCAUCAUCGACAACGACAUUACCCGCGUCAAUGUCAUCAUCCACAACAUUGAUAACAACAACAACAACAACAACCACGACAUCCUCCUCGGUAACAUCAUCAUCGACAACAGCGAUAACAACAACCGGUCAGUCAUAGAUUACGUGCUUUGUAGGAUUUCUUGAAGUUUUCAGUCGAUGAGCUGUCAUUUAGUCUGAGAAAGUCCGUUCAAAACUAAUUGUGUGUAGGAUAUAAUCUAUUUUCGAUAAUGAUCAGCAGUUCUCAUCAAAAAGGUUUUCUUCUACACUCUAUGUUUAUUGUAUUAUCAAAGUAACUCUGAUGAAUUUGAGUAGUACAUAACGAAUGUGUAUAGAAUUAAAUGUAAGGAAUACGAUACUAAUUCUUUUGAACACAAAAACGAAGUAUCAAGUCCGAUAAAUUAACCAGUAACUGACACUAAAAAGAAGCUGUCUGAAAUUUUGCCUUUUUCAAGAUUGCGCACUUAAGUUUUUAGUCGUUGCAUA